CAAUGAUGCUCAGUCGGUUGAGAGUGCACGAGGUGAUCGGUCGAGUUUUGAUCGGUUUCCCGCGAAAUAAGACGAACUGUAGUCACAGCAGCAGUGUGUUGGUUAGUUUGUGUGCCGAAAAGUAGAAAUUGUUUGGUAAACACCCGUUAAUUUUCUACACCAGAAGCAGUUUGGAGGAGUUUGACCUAUGCAUUGGGACCGGUGCGAUGGCUUGUAAGAUUGACAUUAUUCUGGAAAACGGCACCAAGAUGCCGGCUUUGGGUUUUGGUACUUGGAGGGCAUCCGACGAGGAAGUGGAGAGAGCUCUGAAUGAGGCACUCGAAGCCGGUUAUCGUCACAUCGACACGGCGCCGGUGUAUCUCAAUGAGAAGACGAUUGGAAAAGUACUCAGGGAAUGGCUGGAUGCUGGGAAAGUGACCCGCGACGAGCUGUUUAUCGUAACCAAACUGCCACCUCAUGGUACGAGAGCCAGUACAGUAGAAAAGUACCUGAGACGAUCGCUGGAUGAUCUUCAGUUGGCAUACGUGGAUCUUUACCAUAUUCAUGUUCCAUUCACUGUACCAGAAGUCGAUGGUCCCUUUCUAAUGGAUGAUGAUGGACAGAUUGUAUUGGAAACAACGACCGAUCAUAUAAGUCUGUGGAAGGCCAUGGAGAAAGUGCAGAAGGACGGUCUCGCACGCAACAUAGGCCUAUCGAAUUUCAACCAACGGCAGAUACAAAGGGUCCUCGAUAAUUGCCAAAUCAAACCAGCUAAUCUGCAGAUCGAGAACCACAUCUAUUUGCAGCAACCGGAACUGGUAAAGUUCUGCAAAGCUAAUGGUAUCAGUGUCACGGCAUACUCACCACUCGGCUCGAAGGGAAUCGAAAAAUUGUUGAACCGCGACGUACCGAAUCUGCUGGACAAUCCGGUAGUGAAGAGCAUCGCCGAAAAGCUGGGCAAAACGGCUGCCCAGGUGUUGUUGCGUCAUCUCCUGCAGCGAGGAAUUUCGACGAUCCCGAAAAGCACGAACCCGAAGCGUUUGCGGGAAAACAUUGAUUUGUUUGAUUUCGAGAUCGACGAUUCGGAUUUCGUGAAAUUAAAUGCACUUGACCAGAACAUAAGAAUUUGUGAUUUUGGAUUUUUCCCCGGCAUUACCAAACAUCCGGAGUUUCCCUUCUAAGUGACAUUUAUCUUUUGAACCUUUUCAGAAAAAUCAAAUUAAGAGAUUUUCGACGUUCACUUGUGCUAUUCUAUCGUAUUACAAUAUCGCUCGUAUAUCGAUUCAAUUUUUAUGAAAUUAAUUACAUAAGAAAGUUUUGGCACCCGAAUUUAAAAAUUUAUUGUAUUGUUUGAAAAUUUUAAUUUUUUCACCUAUAAGGAAAAUAUAUAGAAAUGAAUAAACUUCGAACAAAGCCAAAUUACCUCAGGGUGAAGCCAGAGAGAAUGCGACACGCGACGCGAAGCGAAACUUGACAGAUCGCACGGAGUCACGCGGCAGAGCUCCGUCCCGCAUACGCAAACUAACUAAACGCUGCCAGCCUGAAAAAUAUGGCUGGCAGACAUUCUGGUGACCGACUGCCUCACCGCUGCCAGAUAUACAACUCAAACGAUACAACCGCAUCCACCAGGAUUUUUCCACAUUGAAAUCUUUGACAUUUUCAGCGAAGGUGAGAAGAUGCAAACGCUCGGCUAACUUAGAUAGAGGCGACUUUGUUUUGUCAAAUUGGAUUUGACAACCGUCACUGAAUCAAUUUUGGUAGCGUCGGGUGGCCCUGUCUGCCCAGGUAGCCAAAACGCUAUGCGGGGUCCAAUCAAGUUCAGCAGAAAAAUGACAUGUAUUUAAGAGUGAGUGCAAUGUGAUACUUGUCGGUUUUCUGCUGAACUUGAGUGGAUGGAGCUCUGCCGCGCGACUCCUUGCGAUCUGUCAAGUUUCGCAUCGCUUGUCGCUUUCUCUCUGGCUUCACCCUCAGUAUAACAGAUCGGCUGAAAAGUUCGUAUCGUUUCUA